UUAACCAAGAUGGCGCCGGGCUACAGGCAGAAGUAAUGAGAUAAUAGAACAACAAGCGAUACAACUAGACAGCAGUGUGCAUUCAUUAUACGGAGCAACUGCUUCAGACUACACCUGCGGCUCAUCACUUGGAAGUUGCCGAUCAGCAGCCGAGACACCGCGUCUGGAGAUAUAUGUUUUUCAGCUCUUUGCUAACUACCUGCUAAGUAGCUAGCAUAGCUAACGCUAGCUAACUGCGGAAGGCGAGUGAGGUAACCCAAACCAGCGGUACGCGAGGAACCUGACUUCAGACCGCCAAUAAGGCGAGCAGAAAAGACGAGGAAAGGCGUCAUCUUUGCUGAUCUGACGCCAUGGCUCACUCUCCUAUUCAGAGUGGACUGCCGGGGAUUCAGAAUUUUAAUGCUGACCCAGAGGAGCUUUUUACCAAACUGGAGAGGAUAGGAAAAGGCUCUUUUGGUGAAGUCUUCAAAGGCAUUGACAAUCGGACUCAGAAAGUUGUGGCUAUUAAAAUAAUUGAUCUGGAGGAAGCAGAGGACGAAAUAGAGGACAUUCAACAGGAAAUCACUGUUCUCAGCCAGUGUGACAGUCCAUUCAUCACCAAGUACUUUGGAUCCUAUCUUAAGGGUACAAAAUUGUGGAUUAUAAUGGAAUAUUUGGGUGGCGGUUCAGCCCUUGAUUUGUUGGAACCAGGUGCCCUGGAUGAAACACAGAUUGCCACAAUCCUGAGGGAGAUCCUCAAGGGACUCGAGUAUCUGCACUCUGAGAAGAAAAUACACAGAGAUAUCAAAGCUGCCAACGUCUUGAUGUCAGAACAAGGUGAUGUGAAGCUGGCAGAUUUUGGAGUGGCCGGACAGCUGACAGACACACAGAUUAAGAGGAACACAUUUGUUGGAACACCUUUUUGGAUGGCCCCUGAAGUUAUAAAGCAAUCUGCUUAUGACUCAAAGGCAGACAUCUGGUCAUUAGGAAUAACGGCAAUAGAGAUGGCUAAAGGAGAGCCUCCCCAUUCUGAGCUUCAUCCAAUGAAGGUUUUAUUCCUCAUCCCAAAGAACAACCCCCCAACACUGGAAGGAAGCUACAGCAAACCACUUAAAGAAUUUGUGGAAGCCUGCUUAAAUAAGGAGCCUAGUUUUAGGCCAACUGCCAAAGAGCUGUUAAAGCAUAAAUACAUUGUCAGGCAUGCCAAAAAGACUUCCUAUCUGACAGAGCUGAUCGACAGAUACAAGAGGUGGAAAUCUGAGCAGUCUCGGGCGGAAUCCAACUCUGAUGAAUCUGAUGAGGAGGCAGAUAACCAGGCAUCUGGAAGCAAUGACGCCACCAAUGACGCCAGCAAUGACGACUGGAUUUUCAACACCAUCAAGGAGAAAGACCUGAAGAAGAUGCAGAACGGGGCAGCACAACCUGCUGAGCUGGAGAGGAAACCAGUGCAUGAAAGUCCAAAGAGGCCUCUGUCAGAAAGUUUAUCAUCCAUAUUUUCUCCAUUGUUUUCUGAGCUGAAAGAAAAGAGUGAGACAAGUAAUGGCAAGCCAGAAGUUGCCGAGGCGCUACGAAAGGCUAUUUUCCUGGCAGAAGAAAUGCACCCUGGCAUCUGUGACUCCCUGGUGGCUGAACUAGUGCAGAGACUUCAGAGAUUUUCUGUGCCUCACGGAGCUGCCACUCACUGAGAGGAGCCACGUUCACUUCUGCUCCCAGCUUCCCACCCUGGUGGCAGCCGUCAGAUCUUUUUCACUGACCUCCACAGCCAGGAUGAAGUCUCCCAGGAAGGUCUCUGUCACACUUUGCUCAAAGCAAAUCCUGACUCUACCCUGUUUUUAUGCUUACACGCCACCAGACGGUAAUGAUUCAGGACAGUCAGUGGCCAGCCAGUUGGCUGCCACCGUGACUGCCAACUGCUGUAAGAUGUCCCUUCUCAGUACCUCCUUCACAAAAGCUUUAUUUUAGAGGGGUGGUGUUAGCUAUCUUUUCCACAAGGACUUUUUUGGUUUGGGGGAGUUUGUGGCUUUUUCACAAAGGUUUACAUUCGGCAUCCUUUCAGAGAAAAGUUCCACGCUUAAUUGACUGUGUGUGUGUUGGCGUGUGUGUGUGUGUGUGCGCGCGCGCGCGGCUGUGCAAGAUCCCCUGUGAAACCUGCGGUGAUGAGUGAUGAUUGUAUUGAACACUCAGGUAUCCUGCUUUAAGUGGAAUGUGUCCUCUGGGAGACGGAAAGAGCUCUAAAGGGUGGUUGUACAAACAUGUAAAUAAGCAAAUUUCUACAGAUUCAUGAAAAAAUAAUAGAGCGUUUGUAAUGGAACCACUGUGUACAAAUGGCCAAAAUGCAAAGUGUAGAUAAUGGUUGUGAGGUAAAUAUUUUGAGAGACUUAAAUGGGCAUACAUGAGAUUGCCUUGCCUUUGUACUUUGUUCUUUUGUGUAUCAGUCUUUAAAUACUCAUCCAAUGAAUGAAAAUGGCUGCCCUCUACCAUUUUUUACUACACAGUAGAUUCAUUAUAUAUUUCUUAAUUUCUCUUUAACCCUUUUCACUCUAUGCUGUGGCUGUAAACAUGUAAAGAAUGUAAAACAACAAAAACAGCAGUGGCUAGAUCAUGCAUGCCCCCACCAGUUUGAGACACUGGAAGUUCUGUUUCCAGUCGUGAUUCCUCAAAGCCUUGAGUUGCGUUGGUUUGUCAGACUUUGCCUCAUUACCCUGCGCUUUUUUUUUAAAUUGUUGUUAUUAUUAUUAUUAUUAUUAUUAUUUUGCUGUGCGAUUUUGAUCAGUGAGAUAAACUGAGGAUUUCUCCAUUCAUUCAUUCCAUUAACGGGGCAGUGCCAUCAUCUAUUUUAUUACUCGUGAACCGGCAGACUCUGUUCGUCUUCCUAUAGGAGCUGCAGUGGAACGAUCUCCUCAGCGUACCUACAUCUUUAAUUGCACUUCAAGUAUUAAUGCCUUUUUACUAUAAACAAAGUAGCCAUAAAAACAGUAGCACAAAGUGUACGGUGUUUUUCCAGGUAUUCACCAUACUAACUGGGACAAAGAGUCUGCCUCAAGUCUUACAGCUUUGACUCUGGACUUGCUCAUGCAGUGAAAAGCUGAUUUCAGACAUAAACGCCGGGUAAUGUCAGAAGAUUUAGGUCUGAACAUCACCACGAGAAUCUCCGGAGGAUCCAAGUGAGGGUGUGGCACCUGAUUCAAACAUGCAGGAAUCGGACUAUCGCCUCUUUCUUUUUUUUUUUAUUGCUGUAGAUCCUCUGGAGUUUCUCCUGCUUUGUGUCACAUUAGACGUUAAACUAGGGAGUGGACAUUUGAGUUCAGUCACCUGAGAAUCUCCACAGUUCAGUGCAUGUCUGAAAGCAGCUGAAGGUUCUUCCCUGGCUGUACCUUUUUGCAUUUGGACUUGUUUGAGAAGUGUUACAUUGACUUCACGCACAGUAGAUGACACUGCUCUCAGAUGUACAUAUUAACAUAAAGCCAGGAGGUGUUCAGAGACCAGUGGCACUGCUACUACGUCUUGACUAGUUUCAAAUGAAUGUUCAUGAUGGAAUAAUGUAAACAGUUUAAAAGCUGUUGGUUGUUUUGAGCAGUAUGCGUUGUAGCAUACUUCUACAGCACUGGAGUAACGUUGAUUCCUGAACAGAGCUGAAACUGAAGAGUAUUUGUGAUGGAUGGGUGAAUGAAUGAAUAGUAUCAGCUUUAGUGUUAUAUCUCAUUUUCUAUUCGUAUGAUUUCUUCCUUUUUCCAUCGGACAUUGAAAUGCGUCGCAGCAAAACCUUAAAAAUGAGUAACGAUCAAAAAUAUUUCUUUCAUUCCUUCUCAGAACAUUGUGUGCACAAAGAAAUCGGAAAUAGUAUUAUUUUUGCCACACGUUAAUACAUGGCACAUGGUUGAGUUCAAUGAGCAGUUUGAGAAACACAUACUUUCACUUUCGUGUUGAGGAUUGGACGAGGCUUAUACCAUUAUACACUCAAUGGCCACUUUAUUACGUACACCUGUACCAUCAAAUGCAACUUAUUUUCAAACAUUGAGGUAAUAGAUAUUGGCACCCUGCUCUUGUUUCCUUUCUGUCUCUACACAUUUGGCUCUCCAGUGAAGUCAAAUUGCCAUAAUAUAGCAAUCAUUUACAAACAUUUCCAACCAUUUCACCCGGAAUCUGAUCUUUCAGUUUCCAUUGAGCUGCUUAAGUUGUGGCCAGUUUGUGUGAAGUUGUAUCAGUCUUCAUAUUUAACUCUCAGCAAAAAGAAAAAGCUUUUUUUUUUUUAUAUUCACAUAUUAAAACAAUGCGCUGAAACAUUUCCUCUUCUUUUUAAUCUGUUAUUUGUUCUUAAAGUUAAAUGAGUAAAAGUAAAAUAAGUAGAAAUUAAAUCAACAGGGUGCUUAUUUUAUUUUAUUUACUCUUCAGAUGUGCCAUGUAUGCCCUCUUCAAACUGAGACACAAUCUCAAUACAGUUUGCACCUUUUACAUGGCCUAACAUGACUUUCCAGUAUGUUUUUAUGUGUUGCACUUUGUAUGAUUUUUUUCUUUUUAUGGUACUUUAACAAAGCCACAAUAACACACAAUAAUUUGCAUUUUACUUUUCACCCCCUUGUGUGUCGUAUGGCAAUAAAGCAGUGUGAGUGCGCAACAGUAACUCUUUUCUUAGCUCAAGUAGGCAUAUAAUCUAUUGAACUAUUUUUAUAGCCCACAAAAGCAGUAUUAUGUAUCAGAGGGAGUCAAAUUUGGUUUUGUGAUGUGUUCAAUUUUAUUUUUUUUUUUAAACUAAACACUGGAUAGCAAUCACUUCAAAGGUACAUUUCAUUAUGUGUGACUUUGCAGACAGUUUAUUACCCAGUAUACGUGUUUGAUCAUUCAGGCCAGUGCUGUUGAAUUUGUUGAAAGUUGUCAAAAAGUUGGUUAAAGAACAAUAAAAUCACACUUUAAAUUUGAA